AUAGCGCCACUCGUCACAAUCGCUCCGGUUGCUAUGGCUGCUUGUCCAAGAGCGGCUAUGCCAUGCCGCUAGCAUGCUGGAGUCAGCCUUGGAGAACAUCCUCUUGCAAUAUUUGGCGCCCUAUGUCGACGGCAUCACGCGGGACAAGCUGCACCUGGGGGUCUUCAGCGGCUCACUGCAGCUGGACCACCUGGAAGUGCGCCCGGACGCGCUCAGCACCUUAGGAUGGCCGGGCCUUCGAGUACGAAGCGGGCAGGUGGAAAGCAUCUCCUUGUCGAUCCCCUGGACAAAGCUCUACACAGGGAAGGUGAAGGCCUCGGUGAAGAAGUUGCGCUUGGAGGUGGAGAGCCUGGCGGACAGCGCCCAGGGCAAGUCCCAGGAGGAUCUGAUUGCAGAGAUGAAAGCCGCCAAAGAGAAGGCCAUUUAUGUUCGCCUGCAGCAGCUGUCAGACCUGGUGGACAAGUCUGGCGAUGACGACGAAAACUUGGACCACGCGAGCCUGGGCAUGAACCUGGCGCGCAAGAUCAUCAACAACAUCACGGUGGUCUUGGAGGAAGUGCACGUCGCUUUCAUCAGUAGCGGCCUCGCGUGCUGUGCGGACUUGCCCAAUCUAGCAGUGCUGUCCACGGACAAGACCUUCCGCCCUCGCGACGACGCCGAUGGUGCAGUUGCUCCAGGCCAGUCGAUGUACAAGACCCUGCAGUUGCAAGACUUGAGCGUGAGCAUGUCUCCUGCUGGGAGCAACGAUCUGGAGGAAGCCGAGUACGUCCUGAGCCCGGUCAGCGCGAACUUGCAGCUGGCGCAUGAGCCGGCCAGCAACAUCCUGAAGAUCAAGCUGAUGGUCGCCACGGAGGAGCUGGCUGAGCUGUUUCUGCGGCGCAGCCAGGUGAAGCACCUCCGCAGCCUGAAGAGCGAGCUGAACGAGGAGAACCGGCGGUAUCAGUUGAUGCUGGUCCCAGAGGAGGACCAGCGAGAGAUCAACAAGGAUGCUGCUGAAAGCAUCGAGGAGUACAGCAGGCUCUACGAGCGGUCUGUGGCACAGGAGCUCCACUCGGGCGGCGUCGGCGAGAAUGCCGAUGAGCUGACUUCGGAGGAGAAGCGACGGAAAGAGAUCCUGGAGGCUGCGUUGUCCGCCAGACUGCUGGCGCGCGCCCGCUACAAGGUGGGACGGCGGGCAGAGGUGCUGAAUGAAGAGCUGGCACGCCGGCAGAGGGCAGCCAAGAAGAAGCAGACGGCAUCGGCGGGAUUCUUUGGCCGGCUGUGGGGCUAUGAGGAGGAGUCGCCCUCUGCAGAGACGUUCCUGAGCUCGGAGGAAAAGCACCAGCUACUGAACGACUUGAAAGAUGUGAGCAAGGUGGAGCAGGUUGACGUCCCGAAGAAGUUUAGUUUCGAGUUCGUUUUGGGGCAUAUGGCCUUGGACCUCAUUGACGACCGCUACCAUGACGAGGUGCGGCGCCAGCUCCUGAGCGUCGCCUUGCGCGAGGCCGGGAUCAAGCUGGAGCUGCGCAUGGCCACGGAUUUCCGGGGCCAAGACUCGGCGGAGUGGGGCGUCAAGAUCGACCUGAAGUCCUUCCACGCCAUGCACAAGACCCGGGCAUUUAUGCAGCUGAAGCCGGACGACAACAACCACUCCCAGUGGCUGGGCGAUGGUAGCAGUGCGGCGUGCUUUGAUAUCCAGAGCAAGCUGCAGAAGGAGCAAAACCUUUUGGCCAUCUCCUUCGAGUUUAUGCCCGUUGAGAUCAAUCUCUUGGAGGGCAUCGUGGAGAUGUUGCUGGACUUCUGGCGCGAGCCCUUGAAGGGGGGCGGAGACACAGCGCACGCGCUGCCGGCCGCUCCGGAGGAGGCGGAUGCGGAGAUGGAAGAGCAGAUGGAGUUGGCCAAGGAGUGGCUGGAGAAGAACGCGGAGCAGGCGAAGCAGCUGGCGCAGGCGGCCUACGAGCGCAUCCCCGACAAGCUGCAGCUUGAGAUCAUGAUCGCUUCGCCCAUCCUCAUCGUGCCGGUGGCCUUGGGUACCGCCAUCUUCAGCUUGGGCCAGCUGCACCUGCAGACCCGAGGCCCCUGCGAGUACAAGUGCAUUGACCUGGACAUGCAGCUGACGCGCACCACGCUGCGGGCCACCUCGCUGCGCAUGGAGCAGUUCGAUAUGAUCCAGCCGGUGCCCGUCAACGUGCAGAUCGAGUACAGGGGGGACGAGGAUAAGAACGCGCUCAGCGUUCACAUUGCAGCAGAGGAGGUGCGCCUGUCCUUGGCCCCACAAGCGCUGCAGAUCCUGCUCGCAACUCCGACGGGACUCAUGAACGUAAUGUACGUGUCUGAGGCUGAUGCCCCCGCCGCGGGCGUGGGACGGCGGCAGAGCUUCGUGCGCCUGGCGUCGCAGGUCUUCGCCGCGAAGUCCGAGGACGACGAAAGGGAGGUUGCGGCGGCGGUCUCGGAGAAGCGCCUGGGGCGGCGCGCCACGUCGCUGGAGGACGUCUUGGGCCAAAAAGGCCAGGCCGAGAGCCUGGUGGAGGCAGCCACGCAGCACAUGGAGCAGGUGCGCUCGAAGCAGUUCAUCUUCAACCUCUCAGUCAUGCUGGGAGCGGUGGACAUGGUCUUGGCGGACUCCAUCGUGCCUGUGUUGAAGUGGCGGGCAGAACUUGGCCCGGGACUGGUGCUGUACAAGCAGAAGGAGCCCAACAUUCUGACGAUGCUCGUCCGGAACGCCGCUUUGGAAGUGCAGUCGCUGAACCCGAAGAGCGGGCUGUGGGAGCCCUGCCUGGAGCGCUUCCGCCUGGGCCUGGAGGUGGAGCGCCGGGCCAUCGACCUGGACCGGGACACCCGCGUUGUGAUCAACGGCCACGAGCCCGUUUUGCUGAACGUGACGCCCUCCAUCGUGAAGCGCUUGCACUACAUCAUGCCGCUCUUCAUUGAGAGCGUCACCUCAUCCUCACUGGUAGGAGAGGACGUGCGCGCCAGGCAGACUUUGAAGGACAGAGGGCAGGGCCACAAGUACCGAGUCGUGAACCUGUGCGGCUCCAGCAUCGAGCUGCGGUUCAGGAGCCGCUACGCCAAGAACCUGAGCAGCCUGAUGAAGCCCACGGGCUCGGACUGGAAGAGCUUGGACGACAAGGUGCUGCCGCACUUCGUCACGGCGCUCACUGCCCAGGUGCCGGGCGCGGACAGCUCUGAGUGGCUCUCCCUGGAGCGCUCCGGCGCCGUGCUGCUCCGCACCCGCCGCUCCGAGCCCGCCUCGGCGGGCUGCGUGGCCGAGAUCCUGUCACCGCGGCCUUCGCACAAGCUGCUGCUGCUGGCCGCGCCAUUGCGCGUGCACAACCAGACGGAUUUGACCCUAGUGGUGAGGUUCCAUGACAAGGCUCGCCAAGUCAUGGCGCUGGAUUUGAGCAGCCAAAGCUGCUGCGACUCCGCUCUGCUUGGAAGCCCCGCGCCCAGGCAUGAGGCAAGAUCCAUCUACACAGGGCUUUGCCACGGCGAGAGCUGCGGCCCCGGGGAGCUGUUCCUGGCGCCCAACGCCACCUGUAGCGUGCCCGCGGGCGCGUUGCUGCAGAGCUGCGAGGGACAUAUCAUCAAGUCGAAGACCUUCAUCAGCCUGAGGCCCGCAGGCAUCGACGUGCACUUCUCGGCGCCGGUGGAGGCAGGCAGCGGGGUGAAGACCUGCGCGCUGUUCUGCAGAGGCCCCAACCAGCAGCAGCAGGGCAGUCCGAAGCAGAUCGCAAGGACAUCCGGUGCGCACUUCCUGUGCCAGUCCAAGUCCUAUGUGCACGCGCUGCCCGCUCCAACGGAAGUGACUACCAUUGCGAUCCAGCCGACGCUGGCGAUCCUGAACGCGCUUCCUUUAGGAAGCUUGGGAGUGCGCUACACCACUCAGCCGAAGGAGCACAAGUACCUGGAGGCCACGCAAGCGGUGGUGCCUUGCUUCACCCGGUGGCACUACUACAGCUUCCCAGGGGUCCGGGGCAGCGGCUUGGGCGUGAUCGCCAGGCUGGAGGAGGAGGCGCCCUGGUCCCAGCCGGCCGCCUGGCAGCCGGAGGCCUUCAAGGAGGCAGCCUACGCCAGCCAGACCAUGCAGCUGCGGCAGCGUGUGGGUGGCGCAGCCUGUGGGGUGCUGCUUGAACCUCUCAGCCACUUCGAGCUGCGCGUGAGCUGCCCCAACUGGCUGGUGGACCGCUCUGGCCUGCCGGAGUCCUUGGAGGUCCACUUCCGAGGCAAGGCGCUGCCGUGCUGGAAUGGCCUCACUCUGCUGCAAGCGGAAUGUUUGGAGGAAAACGUGGAGCUGAGAGCGGGCAAAAGCCGCCUGGAGGUGCGGGUCCCACCCAACUUUGCCGUGCUGCCGUGGAAGAACUACCUGGGCGACCAGGUCUUCUGCAUCCAGGCCGAGGAUUUGCUGGCGGAAGACCUGCAUGGCGCACAAUGCCAGGCUUUGGUGCUGCGCCCCCGGCUGGUGCUUACGAACAAGUCGGACAUGGCACUAAACCUGGAGUUCGGCCCUCACACCUUGAAGCUGAGCGCGGGUGAGUCUAUGGUGCAGCACUGGCCUGCAGAUCCGCGUGAGGGAGAUGCGCCCAACUGCCGGCUCCGCUUCCGCCCGAACCUGAGCCCGGAGUGCAGCUGGUCCGGGGAGGUGAUUUGCGGCGAUGAGACCGCGGGGUGCACCUGCUUCGCGCUGGCCACAGGCGUGGUGGCCAUGCCACGCACUCGUGGGAAGAUGACGGCUGAGCUGUGGUCCGUGGUGGUGACCCCCGAACGGGGCGCUGUGGCGGUGACCUUCCACCGCGGCUCAGAGUUCAUGGCCUCCAACAAGUCCCAGCGCCUGGACGUGUGCCUCGAGAUCCGCUCCUACCGGCUCGAGGAACGUAUUGCAAGCUUUAUGGUGCGAUCCGGGGAGGAGGUGCCAUUUGGAUGGUCCAAGCCGCACCAGGAGGGCAGCCACGGCCACAGCGUAGACGUGAUCCUCCACGUGGCCAGCCAAGAGCCUCAAGUCAUCAACGUCCGCGACCUCCGGCGCAGCGAGCGGCGGCAGCUGGGGGAUCUGUCGCUCUUCUGGGGCAGCAGCGCCCACGGGGCCUUCCUGGCAGUCGAGGACAAGGACCGCAGGCACGCCAAUGGCCUGGGCCCGAACUCCACCCAUUUGGAGGUGAAGAUCAGCAAGGCGGGCAUCUCGAUCAUCGAGGAGCUGCCUCCACCAGGCGAGAGGCGGCCCCGGGAGCUGCUGUUCUGCAACUUAGAUCUGGUGCGUGUGGACUGGAAGAAGGACUACCAGGACCAGCAGCUGAAGCUGGCCAUCUCCGGCGUGCAGGUGGACUGCCAGCUGCCGGGCCGCUUCGAUGGCCUGCGGCACUCGGACGCCACCCUGGGGAUGCCCAACGUCCAGGAGCUGCCGGCAGUGAUCUUGGCCAACCGCGGCCUGGGGGACCGCGCCUUCUUGUCGCUGCAGAUGCGGCGCUGCGUGUCCUCCUCCGGGGAUUAUCUUCUGCCACUGGUGAACAUUGACAUGGACGCCUUGGACUUGACCCUGGACGAUGGGUGGCUGGACCCUUUGCAGAUCUGGGCGCAGCAGCUCAGCGGCUCCGAGCGGCCUCAGUCGAAGCGCCGGGCCUUCGCAGCGGUGGCGGCCAGCGCCGGCAGCUCCAUCCUGGAGGGCUACACAGCGCCACCUCCGCCGGCGGUGAUUCAAGUGGACAACUUCUUCAUAUCGAAGGUGGACCUUACGGUCUGGUGCGCUUUGAAGCUUCGCACUGUCCGCUUCCUGCCCCAGUGGAUCCGCACGGCCAUCCGGAUGCUGUCUUUCUCCGGGCACCUCACUUUGGACGGAGUGGAGUUGAAGCUUCAGGAGAGCAACCUGCCGCCUCACCGCGGGUCUUUGACCGACUUUUUGCGGGGGCUCGGGAGCUCGUAUGCGAGGAAUCUGCUCAGCCAUGCAGCUGGGCUCCUGGGUAAAAGCUCAGUGCUGAACCUGCCCCGCGUGCCCUGGCGCAUUGGCAUGACCAGCAUCAGCUACUUGUCCGACAGCGUGGGCCUCUUGGGCGGCGAGGCGGCCUCGCUGCUCAAUGCGCUUACCUUUGAUGACGAGUACGUAGCGCGGCAGCGGCAGAUUCGCAAUGCCAAGCAGAUUGAGAAUAUCCACGACGGCGUUGUGGAGGCUGGGAAGUCCUUGGUGGACGGCCUCGAGGGCUUGACGGACGUGUUUACUCAGCCCAUUGAGGGUGCCAAGAAGGAUGGCAUUGGAGGCUUCUUUACGGGCUUGGGCCGUGGCGUGGUGGGCUCUCUGCUGAAGCCGGUGUCCAAGUUCGGGGAAGCCAUCUCCGACGUCGGCUCCGGCAUCGCAAGCACCGUGAGCCCCGACGGGGGCGCGGUGAAGCGCCGGCGCAGGCGCUGCCGAGCCCGGCCGCCCCGGCUGCUGUCGGGAGAGCUGGGAGUGGUGAGGCCCUGGAGUGAGCUGGAGGCGGAACUCCAGCGGCGCCUGGGAGAUGUGGUCUUCGGCUUGGAGGAGGUGCUGCAUUUGGCCGGGGGCCGCAAGAAGCUCCUCCUGUGCCUGUACGCGCAGCGCUUGAUGCUGGUGGAGCUGAAGUUCGAAGACCAGUCAGAGGCAGCGCAGAGUGCAGCACAGCUGGAUCGCGCUGCCGGUAGCCAACUGCCGGAAGAGAACUACGACAUUUUCGCAGCCGUCGAUGAAAGCGCCGUGCGGCUCUUUUCGCAUGUCUUGAAGCCUAUCAACACAGUGGUGUACCACUGGGAUGGCAUUCAGAACAUGAUCGGUGGCAGCGCUGUGGACCCCUCGGUGCUGCGCCGCGCGGUGAAGGGCGAGUGCCACUUCCGGGACCUGCAGGACGUUCAGAUCUCCCAAUCCAACACCGGCAGCCCCCAGUUGAAGCUGCUGGACCGUAAAGGGGACACCUACGUUCUUCCGCUGAGCGCUGCAAGUAUACCCGCAGAAGCACUGCAGGCGCUCGUCGCGGGUCUGCGCGCGGCCACGGCGAGCCCGGAAGGUAUUGCCAACUGGGACGAGCUGCGGAUAGCUCUUCAAGACGCGCGACAGGAUCAUGCCUUGCAGCAGAACAUCUCAGGACAAGGAGCCGGGGAGAGAGUCCUGGAAGUCUUUGAAGUGGAGACCUUCCAUUUGGUGUCGAAGAUCUGGCGCACCCCGGAGAAGCUGGGGCCCGUGGAAUGGGAAACCUGCUGGAGGUGGCUGGACUCCAGUGGUUAUCGCCAUCCCCACCUGAUCCCUGGCCUGGACCGCAGCAUUUGCAUCACCAGGACGGAGCCGCCGGUGGAACUGGACAAGAGCCUCUACCAGCCAGUCACGCGCUGGGAAGUGGACAAGAGCCAAGGCGCGGACGAGCAGGGCUGGCUCUACGGCAUUGCCUGGAACACCUCCACCUGGGUGGCCACGCCGGGGCGCUUCGACAUGUUCCGGAAGCGCAGGUGGGUGAGGGCCUACAUCUAGAGUAGUGAAGCGGUCGAAACGAAGCCUCUGGCAAAUGGCAGCCCAACGAAGCGGCUGAAAUGCCAGCCUUUGGCCCCGCCGCAACAUGAGAAGAUUGUGAGGAAGUUUGAUCA